AUGAUGAAGAAACAAGUGAUCUUUGUAGUGGUUUUGUUUGCACUUUUCUUGAUUUUCUUGGACGCUAAACAAGUAGGAGCCAUUAGAGUGUUACGAGCCACGGUCGAUAGCGAGAUCCGGUUCGUGUCGUUGCAGAGAGGUACGGUGCCUGCGUCCGGUGGGAACGGUUGCACACAUAUCCGCAAUGGUUCGGGCGAGUGCCGCGGAUGA